GGCACCUUCAGUCUACUGAGUUUUGCCUUACAAGACGCAGACUGAGCUCAAGAAUGAAGCUCCUGCUCGGUUUGGCUGUCCUGGUACUGACAGUGGGGGUCCUUUACUCUGCCCCAGAGGACCAACCAACAGGCAUCUCAGAGGACACCUUGAAAGAGUUGUCCCAGAAUGGCGAGAAACUGGUGGAUGAGGAGGUGAGAAGAGCUCUGUAUGGGGUGAAGCAGAUGAAGGAGGUGAUGUGGAGGAACGAGCAGAAGCACGAACACCUCAUGAAGUCCCUCCAACACAGCAGCGAAAAGAAGAAGGGGGCAGCCCAACUGGCCAAGGAGGUGACUGAGAAGCUGGAGGAGGCGGAAGAGCAGUGUAAAGACUCCCUGCAGUCAGAGUGGGAGGAGUGCAGACCCUGUCUGGAAGAUGCAUGUAAAACCUUCUACACCUCCACCUGCCGCAGGGGAUUCGCCACUUUCCAUGCCAAGGUGGAGAACUUAUUCCGCAGAGUGUCCAGGCGAUUUGGCCCCCGCGAGCCUCACAUGGAUGCAGGGGACAUCCUGGUGAAUCAGGGCGCUGACAACACUGACACUGAGAUUGUCCGCAUCAAGGAUACCUUCGACCGCCUGGCCAGCAAGGUGGGAACGCUGGUGAACCGCAGCGUGGCCCUGGUCUCUGGGAUGCGCAGAAGGCUUGACAAAGUCCUCCAGAGGGCCUUCCUGAACAACACAGACAUCCUGAUGGAGGAGACCACCUCAGAUCCCUACAACCCCAGCCGGGACUCAGGCUUCCUGCAGGGUGUGGGAUUAGAGGAGGUGCUGGACUCCUUCUUCGACUUCGGCAAGAGUGUGGUGGAGGAGUUUGGAGCUGUGGUGACCCAGGCGUUUGAUGAACUCCAUGAGGCAGUGGAGGAAGAGAAGAAGAAAGGUUUCCCUCGUUUCCUGCAGAACAGGAAGUUGUGCAGAGACCUUCGCAAACAGACCUCAGAGUGCUGGCAGCUGCAGAACCAGUGCGAGGCCUGCCAGGGAACCCUGCUCACAGAGUGCCCCAAUGUUCGGGAGCUGCAUGUGGAACUGGAUGAGGUUUCCCAGCUGCUGGACGUGUCCAAAGAGCAGUAUGAUGAGAUCUUGUCUAUUGUCCAGCGCCACACUGACGAAACGGUCGAAUGGCUUAGCAACAUGGCGGCUGAAUUCAGCUGGGUGGCUCAGUCUGUGAGCAACAGUGACGCUCCUGAAAACAUCUUCCGCAUCACCAUGGUGGCGCCAAAGAGCCACGAUGAACAGAAUAUGUCUGUGAGGGAGACAAACGUGGAGGUCCACAUCCUGAACUCCCCCCCUCUUAUCCUGUCUGUUCCUGGGGAGCUGGAGCUGCAGGACCCAGCCUUCGUCCAGUAUGUAGCCCAGGAGGCUCUGAGCAAAUACAAGGAGAUGGUCAGGUGA